AUGCAUGGGGAUUCCCGAACGGACCACCGUUGCCCGGCUAACUCCAAGCCGUCGCCACCCUCGCUCAACGGUUCGUGGCGACAACAUUGCGAAGUUCGCGCGCGGCAGAGAAUGGCGGCGAGCCAUGAGAGAAGCGCGCCGCCGGACCCCGCGGCCGAGGCGGCGGAUUCGGAGUCGCUUCGAACAGCCGAGGAGAUUGUUGGGAGCCGUGCGCCGCCCGCCAUCGGCGCAGCCGUCGACGCGCGCCUGCUGAGAAGCUUCGACGGUCUCGCGCGCGACCUCGAUCACGCGAUUCGCACGGCCGCAACGCCGUCGCAACAGCACGACGCAAUCGCCACGUGUCUUCUCAUCGCGAACGCGCUGUGCGAUUGGCCGGAGAGCGACGAGCCGCGGCCGCGGGAGGCGUUCGGCUUCCGCGUGCUGCGCAGCAUGCCGUGCGCCGCCGAGUCGCUGCUGCUGCGAGGCAAGCCAUGGGUUGCGCGGGUGUGUUGUGAUGCGGGGGAGGUGCGCGGGGAGGGCCGAGGUGGGGCAGCAGUGGGGUAG